AUGUAUUGGCUAAAUGGGGGAUCAGUUGCUAAAUCUUGUGCUGGUUUCCUAAGUUUUUGGAAAAUGAAUCCCAAUGUGAUCACCAACAAAAUACAUCAAAACUAAUAGAUAAGAAUAUACCAUUUAUUUUUAAAAUAGCAAUAAUUAGGCAUACCAAAUACUUUCUUAUUUAAUCAAUUACAUAUUAUUUUACUUAAAAAAGAAAAUUACUAAUAUUUCUCCAAAUUCAAAGGAAUGCCUUCAAUUCUUACCAUCUCUCUAAACACAAUUAUCUAUUUAAAUAUUUAAAUUAUCCAAAUCAUUUCUUCUUCUUCUUCUUCCUUUACUCAUUUCCGCCAUUGCUCAAAACCAGGGGAAAGAACACAGAGAGAGAGAGAGAGAGCAAUGGCGAGUCUUCUUCCUCUAACAUCGAUUCAAACAUUUUCUUUCUUGUGGGUCACAACAGUUCUGCUAAUCUCACCCGCUCAUUCCCUCACCUGCACUUCUCAAACAUUCGCCAACAAACUCUAUUCCUACUGUUUAGAUCUCCCAACUCUCAACGCCUACCUUCAUUGGAAUUACGACGCCGCCAAUUCCUCUCUCUCCGUCGCAUUCACCGCUCCCCCGUCAAAACCUGACGGAUGGGUCUCAUGGGCCGUUAACCCAACAGGAACCGGCAUGGCCGGAGCUCAAGCUCUAAUCGCCGUUAAACAGCCUAACGAUUCCGUCACCGUUCAAACCUACAAGAUCAAUUCAUACAGCUCCAUUGUUCCUUCUAAGCUUUCGUUUGAGGUUUGGAAUCUCAGCGCCCAUGCCCAAGGUGCCGAGAUCACGAUCUUCGCCACCGUUAAAGUGCCGGAGAAGACGAAGAAGCUGAACCAUCUCUGGCAAGUGGGUCCGGGGAUCAACGAAGGAACUGGGUUUAUCGUUAAGCAUGAUAUGAGUCCGGCGAAUCUUGGGUCGGUGGGGACGUUGAAUUUGGUGGCCGGGACCAAUACUAAUGGUACCGCCGGUGCCGGCGAUGGUGGAGCAAGUGGUUCUGAGAGUAAUGGAGGUGGGAUUAUUGGUAAUGUGAAGACUUUGAUGGGUUUUUGUGUUUUUUGGAUUGUGAUUGUUGGGAAUUAUGUGUUGGGGAUUUAGAAGAUUGUAAUAAGAAUUUCCAAUGGGUGGUGAUUUGAUUGUGAACUGUGAGUUUUUCAUUGGGAGGAAGAUGAAAUAUGUAAAAACACAGAGAAGAAGUAAACAAAAAUAUUUAUUUA